UAGUAACGUGCAAAACGAAAUGUGUUGUCCUUACCUUUGUAAACAAAUUUUGAUUUUAGUAGUAACUACCCUAGUUGCAGAUAAUUAUUUCAAUUAUUUGAAAGAAUCAUUCAUAAAAAUUUUCGAUGAAGAUCAUACUUGAAAUUUAAUAUUAAUAUGUUCUGAGGAAUUAUGACGAAAUAAUAUAGGAAUAAAAUACUUUUUUGUAAUAUUAGAACAGUAUAAAGUAUUUUAUUAUAGGUUGUUUGGUUGUUUUUUUAAGAUUAAACAGAUUCAAAGAUUAUUUUACUAUUUUUCCAUUCCAUAUUGUUAGAUUAAUGUAUGUUCAAAUUCAAAAAGAUAAACCAUGGAUUUUAACGCAUUUAAAAACCAUUUACUUGAAGCUACGCAUACUGCUGACUAUCCUAAGUUCUUAAAAACUAUCAAGAACUACACAUCAUUUGACAACAGCUGGAGUGAAAUAUGUCAUAAAAGAAGCGGUGAUACAAUUUUGCAUCUAGCCGCUUCUUCGGGUUGCGUAGAAAUUAUGAAAUAUUGCAAAGAAACAGGCCUUAGUAGCAUUCUACAAAAGACGAAUUUUGAUGGGAAAACUCCUCUACAUAUUGCAGCAUAUUCAGGCCAUUUGCCAUGUAUUAAGUAUUUAUUAUCAGAAAAUGUUCCUGUUGAUCCUCUCAAGAGAGCAGAUUGGACUCCACUUAUGAUGGCUUGUACAAGAUCUAACAUUGAUAUUAUCAAAGAACUCUUGCAACAUGGGGCUAAUCCUCUUCUUAGAAAUAAAGAUGGUUGGACAGCUUUUCACAUAGCUUGUAGGGAUUCCACUGUUGAUGUUAUAAACUGCUUAUUAGAUAUAAACCCUUCCCUGUGGUCUACUAAAAGCAAGACUGGUCGAACUCCACUUCAUACUGCAUGUCUUCAUGGACAUCUUGAAAUAGUUAAAGUACUUUUGAAAAGAGGAUGUUAUGAAAAAGAUAUUAUGGAUACGUGUGGAAUUACUCCUUUGAUGGAUUCAGUCUCUGGAAACCAUCAUCACAUAGUUGAGUAUUUGCUUCAAGAAAAUGCAGCUUCCUUUGACAAAACUGAUUGUUUCUUACGAACUGUUCUCCACCUUGCAGCUGAAGCUGGAAAUUUAAAUUCUAUUCAAUAUUUUGUAAAACACAAAAACAUGCAUGUUAAUUGCCAAACACUGGAUGGUCUCACUCCUCUUCAUUAUGCUGCUAAAGAAAAGCAGGGUGAAUGUGUAAAGUUGUUGUUGCAAUUAGGAGCUGAUUGCACUUUAAAAGAUAAAAAUGAACGUACAGCUGCAGCGUUUGGAUGUAAAGAAGAAAUUAAUGCUUUUUUUGGAAGGUACCUGACUGAUACCAACUACUGAAUCUUCUGUUUAAUAUGAUUGCAAAAUCGUAUCCAUUUACAUUCUUCUUCAUAAAAAGGAAAUACUAACCUGUUUACCAUGUUGUGGACAACGGUGAUAUCAGUUUGAAACUGUACAUUCUUGACUCAUAGGGAAAAUGUUGAUUUUUACAGAUUUACCAUCACUCAUUGUUUUGUUUACAUUUAAUAAAAAGUUAUUUUUAUGUCAGUCAAGUCAAUAAAAAGUUUUAUUCCUUUUCCA